AUGGAGCCGGCUGUGCCGCACGCGGUGCCGCUGGGUCAGAUGGAGGUGGUGCAGGCCCUGCAGCGGCUGCACAUGACAGUCUUCUCCCAGAGCGUGUCCCCCUGCGGGAAGUUCCUGGCGGCUGGCAACAAUUACGGGCAGAUUGCCAUCUUCAGCUUGUCUGCUGCUUUGAGCUCUGAGGCUAAAGAGGAAAGUAAGAACCCGGUGGUGACCUUUCAAGCCCAUGAUGGGCCUGUCUAUAGCAUGGUGUCCACCGAUCGGCAGCUGCUCAGCGCUGGCGACGGGGAGGUGAAGGCCUGGCUGUGGGCAGAGAUCCUGAAGAAGGCCAGCAAGGAGCUGUGGCGUCGGCAGCCGCCGUACAGGACCAGCCUGGAAGUGCCGGAAAUCAACGCGUUGCUGCUCGUCCCCAAGGAGAAUUCGCUCAUCUUGGCGGGAGGGGACUGUCAGCUACACACUAUGGACCUUGAAACUGGAGCUUUCACGCGGGCCCUCCGGGGCCACACAGACUACAUCCACUGCCUGGCGCUGCGGGAGCGGAGCCCCGAGGUGCUGUCGGGCGGCGAGGACGGGGCUGUGAGGCUUUGGGACCUCCGCACUGCGAAGGAGGUGCAGACCAUCGAGGUCUACAAGCAUGAGGAGUGCUCCAGGCCCCAAAACGGGCGCUGGAUUGGAUGCUUGGCGACCGACUCAGACUGGAUGGUCUGCGGAGGUGGCCCUGCACUCACCCUCUGGCACCUGCGUUCCUCCACACCCACCACCGUUUUCCCCAUGCGGGCUCCACAGAAGCAUGUCACCUUCUACCAGGACCUGAUCCUGUCAGCUGGCCAGGGUCCCUUUGUCAACCAGUGGCAGCUGAGCGGGGAACUUAAGGCCCAGGUUCCAGGCUCCUCCUCAGGGCUCCUCAGCCUCAGCCUCAACCAGCAGCCAGCAGCCCCUGAGUGCAAGGUCCUGACGGCCGCAGGCAACAGCUGCAGGGUGGACGUCUUCACCAACUUGGGCUACCGCGCCUUCUCCUUGUCCUUCUGACCCGCGACACCUCCUCCCAAGGGUUUUCUUUUCUUUUUCUAUUUUUCCUUUUUUACAAAUAAAGUUU